UGAUAACGCGCGCGAUUUCAUGCAUGACUAAAUAAUAAGUUAAAAUUAACCAUGUUUCAUAAAACGCCGAUUCAAUCUAAUUUUUAAACUAACGAAUCUAAACGUAAUCUGCUGAGCGUAAAUUUGCUAUGUUACGCAAUUGUAAGACAAAAAUGACAGUGUUCGUCCUCUUGAGAUAAGUAGUAACUGACAAAUUUCGUGUUUUCAUCUGACUUCGACAACGGGAUUUCGAUUUUCGAAUAUAUUUCCGGUAAUCCGGUCAUUUCCGCGUCUGCGUAGCAUCAUCUGGCUGCCCCGUCGGGUGACGUACUGACGUGCGACAAACAUGGGAUUUUCAUUGUGGACCUUGCUUGAGGCCUCGCUACUGUGUCUGAACGCCAUAUGCAUCCUGAACGAAGACAGGGUUCUGGCCAAGUACGGCUGGUCCACGGUGAACCGAGAGUUUGAGGAUAUGCCGACUACGAAAACGCAGAUACUGUCACUCAUGAAGUCUAUCCGUACGGUCGUCAAAUAUCCUCUCAUAAUUUUCAAUUUGCUGAUCAUACUUGUCAAGAGUCUUACAGGAUGAUAAAAAUUCCAUUCGUUCGCAAUGAAAUUAUGUUGUUUAUAUUUCGUGUGACUUGUUAUUUCUAAGGUCAAUAUUGUAAAAAUCACCCUUAUUUAUAUUUAUAAUAUGUGUAUAUGUUAUACAAUGUGCGUGUCAAAGCGUUUAGCAUCUUUUCAUAAAUAAAUUACUUUGCUAAAAAAAAAAAA